AUGCUGCAGCUGCCGCUGCAUACCAUGGCCGACAAGCCUGUCGAGUCCACCGCGGCGUCGUUGCCGCCGAGAGUGUGUGACAGGUGCAUUCGGCGCAAACCGGGCCCGCCACUCGGCUCGCACCAUGCACCCAGCCCACUGCGAAAGUCUCGCCGGUCGAACGCGGCCAGCGCUGCAGCCCCAGCAGCCCCAGCGGCCCCGCUGAUGCCAUCGACGCCAACGCCGCCAGGUACGAUCGAAACUGCCACGGCCACCACCACAGCGGCCGCAAGCCUCUCUGCAUCCACGCCCCUGGGACAGCGUGAAGAGAACGAUCAUGGAGAAAGACCCACCCCCACGACUCAACCGAUGGUCGUUCCACUCACCCUGCCCCAGCUGACUCCCGCCGGCCGAGGCGAUGUCCGCAAACGUCCCUGCACGCUGAAUCUUGCUCCCCACCAAGUGGAGUGCCUCCUCCUGCGGUAUUUCGACAUUCUCAAAGACGCGAGCCCGAUCUAUUCGCGGGAUCGGUUCCUGCAGCGCUUCAAAGACGGCCGGUGCAGUGAGAGUCUCAUUUCCACCAUUGUCGUCAUUGCCGCCAAGACGACGGGAUAUGCCGCCGAACAAGACGGCCCCGAGGGCGACCGCCUGCCGAACUGGGACGCCUGUCUGGACCUGCUGCUCAGCUCCAGCAUGCUCGACGAGGAUCUGAUGGGCGACGCCCUGUCGCUCGACGACUUCCGCCGGGCCUUUAUCCUGGCCGUGUACGAGUUCCACCAGUUCCCCGGCCACCAGUCGUGGAUGCGCGUGGGCCGCGUGACGCGCAUGGCCUACCGCAUCGGGCUGGACCGCCUGGACCACAUCCGCACCGUGUAUGCCGACUGGCGCGCCGUCGACGACGAGGACAUCCAGGAGUGGCGCGCGCUGUGGUGGUGCAUCUACCGCCUGGACACGUACUCGAACAUGGCGUGCGGCACGCCGUAUGUCAUUGACGACACGGCCAUGGGCACGUCGCUUCUGCAGAGUCCGGCGACCGGGGCCGCCUCCGCGCCGCCCGAUGCCGAUGGCGCUGGCGCGGCGGGCACGCUGCCGGUGCUGUACGUGCCGUCCGACCUCGACGACGUGCCCGGCGUCGUGCGUGCCGUCGUCCGGGCGCCGGCGACGUUCAUGGCCAACGUCCACAACGUGACGCUGUCGGCCCUGCGCCAGGCGGGCCUGGUCCUCCGCCUGCCCCUGCUGCACUCGCUUGGCGACCGGGCGGCCCUCGUCACCCGAGCCGAGCGGCGCCUGGCCACGACCCGGCUCGCGCUGCCCACGGGCUGGCUCAACCCGCGGCGCAACGCGCUGUCCAGCGAGUCGCGCGCGGCCCACCACGCGCGCCUCGCGACCGUCCUGCACCUGCAGAUGGCCCAGCUGCUGCUGGCCAUGGCCGACCCCGGCCUGCGCCAGGAGGGGGAGGACAACAACGACGACAACGACGACAACGACGACCGCGCCGUCGCCGGCUGGCAGCGCGUGCUCGAGGCGUGCCAGGACAUUGCCGCCGUGGCCCACCAGUGGGACAGCUCCUUCUGCCUGGCCGUCGACCCGGCGCUGUCGUUUGUGGUGUUUACGGCGCUCGUCUUCCUCGACCUCUACCGCAAGACGGCCCUGGCGGAUCCCCGUCUCCGCCGCGACCUGGACCACCAGACCACCGUCUUGCACCUGCAGCUGUCGCAUUUUGCCUCCACGUGGACCGUGCCGCGGCUGCUCCUGUUGUCCUACGAGAGCUUCCACCAGUCCGUCUCGGCCCCGCUCUACAGCCGCCACAUUGCUCUGAUCCUGUCGCGGUUCGAGGCCCCCUUCCACCCCCGCUGGCUGCAGUUCCUGUCGUCCGCCGGCACGGUUUUGGCCGACAGCGUGUGA